UACGACAUCUCUUUAAUUUUUCUCUCCUCAUACACGUGCGUUAAAAAGUUUCAUAUUUAUUUACAAAAAAAGAAUUCCUACAGCUUGAUAAUGGAAAACGAAGAUAUUCCCACCUUAGAAAUGGACCCAGAAAGCGGCAGCAUGAAUAAUGAUUCCGAUUUUACGGAUGACGAUUCGGCCGAUGAGCAACAAAUGGAUCAGGGGGAACCAACAACUUGUUUAUUCUGUACACAGGUUUUUAAGUGUAUUGAAUUAGCCUUAGAGCACCUUAAAACGGAACAUAACAUUAAUUUUGCCCAACUGAAGGCGAAAUUUCACAUGGAUCAGUAUUCCUUUAUAAAACUAAUCAAUUAUAUACGAGCGGAGGCAAAUGUUACCCCAGAAAUGUUGAAUAGCGCCAAUGAAGAAUUAUGGAAAGAUGAGAAAUAUCUUAAACCCCAGGACUAUGAACCCUGGCUAAGUUAUGAUUAUGACGAGCUACAAGCUGAGGAGAAUACAGGCAAACCUUUGAAUGAAACGGAUUUAAAACUCUUGGUUCAAACCUUGCUCCAAAAAGUUAAACUUCAGCAAACGCAAUUGGAGCAGGCUUCACAAGAUGUGGCUGUCAUGCGGCAAGGUUUUCAGCGCCUCUUAGAAAAGGAUGAUACAAAUAAAGAAAAUGGUUUGAGGUGUGUCUCUUCUGUUUCGGUUAAAGCGGAUUCCAGCUAUUUUGAUAGUUAUGCCCACUUUGGCAUACAUCACGAAAUGCUUUCUGAUACUGUAAGGACAACCAGUUACCGUGAUGCUCUAUUGAAAAACAAAGAAUUUGUCAAUGGAAAGCAUGUUCUUGAUGUUGGCUGUGGCACGUCAGUUCUUUCUAUAUUUGCCUCGCAGGCAGGAGCGGAGAAAGUUGUUGGUAUCGAUAACUCAGAUAUCAUAUAUAAUGCCAUGGACAUAGUAAAGAAAAACAACAUUGAAAAUGUAACGUUGGUCAAGGGUCGUUUGGAGGAAACCAAUUUACCCAUAGAAAAAUUUGAUAUUAUCAUUUCGGAAUGGAUGGGCUAUUUCCUACUCUUCGAAGGGAUGUUGGACAGCGUUAUACAUGCAAGAGAUAAUCACUUGAAAGAAAAUGGCAUACUUUUGCCUAAUCGAUGCACCAUGAGCAUAGUAGGAUACGGCAACGAUUCAUUAUUUAAUCAGCAUGUCACAUUUUGGAAUGAUGUUUACGGUCUUGAUAUGUCCACAAUGAAAAAAGACGUUUUGCAUGAACCCCUAAUAGAUAUAGUUGACCCAAAAUAUAUUUUGACCGACUCAAAUUGUAUUGCUGAUUUGAAUUUAAUGACGGUCAAUUUAAAUUAUUCCAAUUUCAAUUAUAACUUUGAAUUGAAAUGUUCCAAAACUGGUAAUUUGUCUUCCUUUGUUGGCUAUUUUGACAAUUAUUUUGACCUACCCGUUCCUGUUAUGUUUGGAACUUCACCGAACGACAAGCCCACACAUUGGAAACAAGUUGUUUUCUUUUUGGAAAAGCCCCAAAAUGUUCAAGAGGGCGAUGUGGUCAAAGGCAUUAUACAAUGCAAACGCAGUUCAAAGAGUGCUAGGUCAUUAGAUAUUGUCAUAGAAGUGUUUAACAAGAAAUAUACAUAUUAUUUAGACUAAA